AUGCAGCUGUGGAUUGUUUUGCUAGGCGUGUUGCACACCGUUGCCGGGGAUCAGUUUUGGAGAUCACCGUUCUAUCGAUCGUUCGACGAAUCCCUCUUCGAAUGUGCAAAUUACUUCGACAUAUCAAACAGUACCGUCGAAAGUUUCAUUCAAGAUGGUUUCCCAAAUGAACCAGAUGAGCUGGUAAGUCAGCUGAUUUAUUGCGUGCUCAUCGAUUUGCAGGCAUGGGAUACGAAAGAAGGGGUCAUUGGCCGACUGCUCAUCGCCGCUUUAAGCGGUUUUCAGUUCGACGAAGAAACCGAAAGCCAGAUCCAAAACUGCCUUGAAGAUUCACGGGUCGAUGAGCUGGAAGAUCAAGCCCUCGAACGAGCGUAUCGCUCUUUCAUAUGCUAUCAAAAUGUGUAUGGCAAUCGUGGAAGCAGCAACCAGCAGUUUCUUCGCAACACCGCCGAUAUCCGGAAUAAGUUUAUGCGUGAAGCCCUCCUAAUACAAAACGUACCACUUCGCACGUUGUUGGAAUUCUGCAAAGAUAAUGUUGUGACUCAACCGGGAUGGGAGAGCGUUAUUUUAACGUACGUUCUCAGAAUAGGAUUUUAUAGUCUUGAGCAAGGUUACGACCUCGAUCAUCUUUAUGCUCAAUUCGGAAGACCGGAAUUGCUCGGGAACGAAGUGAAAAUGUGUCAAGAUAGAGUACGAGCACAGUUUACGGAAGAGCCCCAACGUUUAACUCAAACUUUUUCACAAUGUGUCAGGCCCUACGUAUCGACACUGAAAGUUGUUUCGAAUGCUGCCACGGAACUUGUAUUGGAAGCUGGAGCUGUUUGUGGAAGUGAUCCUGAGUUUUUGAUUUCAGGUAAUUCAACUCCAAAUCCGCCAGGCUUUCCAAGCUUGCCAUGCAUUUCAACUCUACCACCGACUGUAGAAACCCAGCCGGCCCAACAAUAA